CACGUAGAUCACAUAUUGUGAUCUCAAUAAUUUAUUUUCCAGAGGAAACUGUAGAGAAGAUUUCACCUCCCCCAACUGCGUAAAUUGGAAAUGUAGAGUUAAUUUGUAAAUUAUGAAUUUGAUGAGUGAUAAUACCAGGCCGCUUAAGUAGCUAGCCAGAAAUCGAUUGCUUUCAACUGACUCGGCUCUCUGAGAUCAGUUAAACCCUGUACACCAUUAAUGAUCUCAGUCGCAAACGUGAGCACUGCUCGUUGACAUGAGUGGUAUACAGCUGUAGUGAGAGCUGGCUGCUAGCCGAAAUUGGCAGAUAGUAAUUUACGUCAAUGUUUACGUCCCCAAUGUUGGUCAUGAGAAAAAUAAGAACAAAGACCGAUUCAACAACCAGUCACAGCAGACUGCGUAGGUGGAUACAAUUUGCAGAUAGAUAAUCUGAACUUCAAUGAACGGCCACAAAGAGAUGAGACAAAGAGAGAGACGUUCAGCGAGAAACCACCGAUCAGAAGACUGUGUUUGUUUACCCCCAAUAAUCUACAAUAAUGUACAUGAAAAUCUAAAAAUAUGUGUUGAUUUCUUAAAUAAAGUAUCUGUUGCCUGGCCCUGGUCUUCUGUUGUUACACAAUUACUCAUCUUGACCAAUCAGUUGACUUAUUUUUUAUUCAUGGUAUGUAUACAUUGUGAUUUAAUUGUAUACCUUUUAAGAUUUAAAGAUGCAGUAACAUUCAUCAUGUUACUAAAUGAAGUAAUAUUUCUUACAAGAAUUAAAUACCCGUUAUCAUAUUUUUUCUAAUUAAAA